GGGACUCAUUAAUCGAGCACCCGUGAAGUGGGUCGGCAACAGUGGGGUGGCUGCCAAAAAGUCUCACGAGAUCGUAGGUGAGGUGAGGUGAGGUGAGGGGGGAAAAGUCCAAGAAAAUUGGUUCAGUGAAUUGGAUCCCUCAAACUACUUUCCAACUGAAACGGCCAAAAUGGACCCCCAAACCCAACCUCCCCCCCCACUCACGGACCCACAGUUUCCCUUACCCAUAGGGGCGAUAAUUCAGGCGGACGAGGCAGCCGGGUUAAAACCCUCCUGUUUUUCAUCAAUCGGUCUUGAGUUCGAAUCAACGUAGGACUAGAUGGUUGAGUUGCGGGAAUCUUCUAUCCACUUGCAUUUUAGUGGGGGUACUUAUGCCAUUCUAGCGAUGGAUCCUGCGAUGUGGUGAUAAACAAACGCAUCUUCUCUGCCCGCCCGGAUCAACUGUGGCUCAAAAUUCCGACGUUAUCGGCGGAAGAGAUCAAACAAUCGUCGUAUCAUGCGGGCAAUGGUAAAUUCCUUGUGCGAUUUUGUAGCUUUUUGGGCCCGAUCGUUAGCUUCAGAAAUCCGAAACUAGUCAAAGUGCGAGCAAACUGGUCUAUAGACUUAGUUACCAAAAAAAAAAAAUUAUUGUAGCUGUUUGGUGCUAUAAAUACUAGUAGUACUACAUUGUAUUACAACAUCACCAAACAGAUUCCAUUUCACAUUCCCACAAUGGGGCGGUCCUGGAGAAGCUCUGCAAGCAUUCAAGCGAUUUGGGUCAUUAUGUUGGUACUUGGAGUACUGUUGAGUACAAGAACAACAGUGGAGGGGAGAAAGGCAAGGAUUAUGGAAUCCAUCGAGUAUCCAGCCAUAAGUUGCAGAGGUCACAGUGCAUCCAUAACAGAUUAUGGGGGAGUUGGAGAUGGGAAGGCAUCAAAUACUAAAGCCUUUAAGGAUGCUGUCAAUCACUUGAGCCAGUAUGGAUCAGAUGGUGGGGCCCAGCUGAUUGUUCCUGCUGGAAAAUGGUUGACUGGCAGCUUCAAUCUCACUAGCCACUUCACUCUCUUUCUCCACAAGGAUGCUGUUCUUUUGGCUUCCCAGGACAUCAAUGAGUGGCCUGUGAUUGAUCCGUUGCCAUCGUACGGUCGAGGAAGAGAUGCAGUUGGAGGAAGAUACAUCAGCUUCAUAUUUGGAACAAAUCUCACAGAUGUUGUAAUUACAGGGGACAAUGGCACGAUCGACGGCCAAGGUGCUCUGUGGUGGCAGCAAUUCCACAAGAAGAAGCUAAAAUACACCCGGCCCUACAUGAUUGAGAUCAUGCACUCUGACACCAUCCAGAUAUCUAAUCUAACGCUUGUGAACUCCCCAGCAUGGAAUGUCCAUCCUAUCUACAGCAGCAAUAUUAUUAUCCAAGGCAUGACAAUCCUUGCUCCGGUAACAUCUCCCAACACCGAUGGGAUCAAUCCAGAUUCUUGCACCGGUACAAGAAUUCAGGACUGUUACAUUGUCUCUGGAGAUGAUUGUGUGGCAGUUAAAAGCGGUUGGGAUGAGUAUGGCAUAUCGUACGGUAUGCCAACCAAACAGUUGGUCAUCAGACGGCUCACAUGCAUUUCCCCAUACAGUGCAACGAUCGCAUUGGGGUCGGAGAUGUCAGGCGGGAUCCAGGACGUUAGGGCAGAGGACAUCGUGGCCAUCAAUACUGAAUCAGGGGUCAGGAUCAAGACAGGUGUUGGCCGGGGAGGCUACGUGAAGGACAUAUAUGUGAGAGGGAUGAGCUUGCACACCAUGAAAUGGGCCUUUUGGAUCACCGGAAAUUACGGAUCCCAUGCAGAUACCCACUAUGACCCAAAGGCGGUGCCGGUGAUUCAAAAAAUCAAUUACAUGAAUGUAGUGGCCGAGAAUGUGUCGAUGGCGGCAAGAUUGGAGGGGAUUUCUGGCGAUCCGUUCACCGGAAUUUGCAUUUCAAAUGCGACGAUAGGAUUGGCAAAGAAGGCGAAGAAGGUGCCAUGGACUUGCACCGAUAUUAAGGGGAUGACAAGCGGCGUGACUCCACCGCCGUGUGGGUUAUUGCCCGAUCAGGGGCCGGAGAAGAUUGGAAUGUGUGAUUUUCCUCAAGAUAGUUUACCUAUAGAUGCAGUAGAGCUUAAGAUGUGCUCUUACACUGCUAUGAACCAUAUAUGAACCUUUUAUUUUGUACCCGUUACACUCAACGGAAAAACUAUCCAUUAGGGCUGGAUGGUUCAGUGCUGUCUUAUGGAUGUUAACAAUGGUAUGUUAACCUACUUCGUUUAUAAGCUGAACUUGUCAGAAUUGCAUAGGGUAAACGAACCUGGGUUAACUGUUCAUUUUAUAUAUCAUUCGAGUUUAUCUCAAA